AUGAGGAUUUCGCAGAGUAGUCAGAAGAGUUAUGCUGACAACAGAAGAAAGGAACUUGAAUUUCAAGCUGGAGAUCAUGUCUUCUUGCGGGUCACCCCGAUGACAAGUGUCGGAAGGGAGAUCAAGUCGAAGAAGCUCACUCCAAAGUUCAUUGGACCGUACCAGAUUACAGAACGUGUUGGGCCAGUGGCAUAUAGGAUUGCGUUGCUUCCAUUCCUAUCCAACAUUCAUUAUGUACUUCACGUGUCGCAGCUUCGGAAGUACAUGGCUGAUGAUUAUCAUGUUAUUGAACCUGAUGAUAUUCAGCUAAAGGAUGAUCUGACGAUGGUGAUGCCACCCAUCAAGAUCUUCGACAAGAGUAUGAACGCUUAA